AUGGCAGAUAAGCGCCCCACGGUAGCCUCGCCCGACGAGCUUUUCUCCGAUGAUCAAAGCAGGGCCUUGUCAACUAUGGACUACCCGUCGGACUCGGGUUCAGAUGUCAUUGAAGAGUCCGCCGAGCAAUUAUUCACCCGCUUAAUUGACGAACACGAAUCUGAUUUCAAGCAGAAGUUGAGAGCGCUCACUAGCUUUGCCAAAAUCCUAGCAGACGACCAUGCCAAGUCUAUCAAACAAUUAAGGAGAGCGUGCAAGGACUAUAUCGCAACAGGAACACGGCAUGCCCAACCUACGCAGAGCCCUAAAUUCCAGCAACACGCUGCUGCUCAUGACGAAGAAGCUGCCCGAAGGUCAAAACUACCGAGUUCGGCUACACCAUCCACUGCAGCUCCUGCCGGGCAGGCAAGAACUACACGAGGGUCGGAGGAGGUAGCCCGACCCUUCCAUGGCCGGCCCGAACCUGGCGAGACAGGGCAAAACCUACCCGAGCAUCUCUUUCAGGACUACCAUCUCAGGAAGGGUGAUCAGCCUAGACAAACGUCCCGACAUCUAUCUCAGGCCCCCGAUCACGAAACACCGAAUCACGAGUCUUCGCUUGGCCACAUGGAGUAUCAUGAUGAUAAUGCUGACGAUGACGAGGCUGAGACGAUGGCCGAUAUCAACCAUGAAGAAGGGUUGUUACCAGAUAACGACGAUGCCACCACAGCGGACAUCCCACAUCAGAUGCAUCCAGCAGCCUCCCAAACUCCAGGGUCAACCCCAAAGCCGAACAUCGGUGGACCAGAUGUUGGACAGACUCCUAAAUCUGGUCGGUGGAUGACUCCGAAGGUGAAAUGGGCAGCAGAGGAAGAGCAGCGAAUGAUAGAUAUUAUCCACGAGUUGUCCCAGGCGACUGAACAGGAGGGGAAGAAGGGCGACAUGUGGAGACGUGCAGAAGCUAUGCACCGAGCAUAUGGAUACACUCGUACAUGGGAACAAAUGGCUGCAAAAUGGUCCAUGCAAACUCGUCACAAGUGCAAACUACUGGGCUAUACCUGGGCAGAAAAUGUGAUGAAGAGGGUUCCCCAUAUGUCACGAAAGCGACGCGCACUUUCCCCCGACGACCAGCAAUCAGCGCAAAACGACUCUCCUCUGAGCCCCAAGGACAGACGAGCGAGGAAGAAGUCCAAGAAACGUCUCGAUGCGGAAGCCACGGGGUCGAAAGGUAACAGCACUCCAAAGCAGCCCCUGGGUCACCAUAGUGACCUUAAACUUCGAUACACCUUUGAGGGUGCGUCCAGUGAUAUUGUGCAAGUGGACUGGUCACCAGACGGGCAGUAUUUUGCUGCUGCAACUAAUUCCGUUGUCGACGAGACCAGCAACUUCUCCCACAACCGACCGCGCAACUUACUCUACGGCUCGCUUCCCACAAAGACAAUUCGCGAAUUGCCCGAGCAUCGUAUCGAGCGGCCGAAAGGCCAGCCGCACUAUGUGUACACGACUGUCAGUGCCGUCAAAUUCGGACCAACCGGCCAUAGAAUGUAUACGGGCGGAUACGACAACAAAUUGAGAGUCUGGGACGUUGAAGACGAGACUCAGCUUGGAUGCAAGGCGGAGUUGCUUUACAAGAACAAGAGAAUUGAAGUAAUGGAUGUAACUGGAGACCAGACCACUAUCGUUGCGACUGGCACUCACAGUGGGACAAGAUCUGUUCGCGUAUUCAUUGGCGAUGCGGACCUCACUGCCGACUGCAAAGAAAUUCGCCCUCUCCGAGAGAUGGGUAUAGACGCAUUUCCUUAUGCACCUACCUGUCUUAAGUUUGGCAAAGGACAGAGCCAGAACAGACUGGUCGCCGGUUUUGGGCAGGACAGCGACACUCUCGAUGGGACCUUUGGUGCCGGUUGCAUGUUUGUGUGGGAGUUCGCCGAAGCUCAAAGUAAGGCCAUGUCCUUUGACCGAGGCGAGACAUUCGUGUCGGAUUGCACGUGGUCUCCCAAUGGCGACUUCUUCGUCGUCGGUGCCGUGGCCGAUCCCUUUAACAAGCAAGAGCCCUGGGAGCACUCUGUUGUGAAACUGUACUCGACGACAGAACAGCAAACGACGAUGACUUUCCGUUGUACAGCAAGAGACAUCAAUGAUGUGACGUACGACUUUGACCUGGUCACGGCCUCGUGCACCGACGGUUCGACGUACGUCUGGGAUCGACGCAACCCUCGAGUCCCCAUGCAUAUCUUGAGGCAUGGCAAGCCGGUCGGCGGCUACGCCCAGGGACUUGACCGCGAGCUGAACGAUGUCGGUGUGAGAUAUGUGGAAUGGACUCGCAACCCUGGCCAGCUCUAUACUGGUGGCAGUGACGGGUUCCUCAAGCUCUGGGAUACCCGGCGCUCGCAAGCUGAUGUCCUUUUGCAGGAUGUUGUAGACAUUGGAAACGAGAUACUAUGUGGCAAGUUCUCCCCCGAUCAUUCGUCUCUGGUGAUUGGUGAUGAGGAUGGCCGUUUGCAUCUUUUCGGCAAAUCAAAGGCGCCACUGCCGCAAGAAGACUUCAAGUUCAUGUUGGCGGAGCGGUGGGCGGGACAACCGGAGAGAGAUUCUCUGGACUAA